AAACUCAUCUUUGUUUUCUUGGUAAAAAAAUGAAAAUGACAUGAACGUUUUAUUGCGGAAGCAAUAUAAAAUAUAUUAAAAUAUUUAUUUUUUCAUUGAUAUAAUCCGACGGAUUGGAAUAUUCAUUAAUAAAUUUGUUCAAGCUGUUUUCAGAAAAGGAUAUUGCGGCUAUGGCAGACACCGACGCUAAACGACAUAAUCUCUACUCAUCACAUCCGGGAGGCUACCCCGCAGCGAAACAAGAACAGUAUUCACAAUACCUCAGGAAACUUCACCAAGACUUUAUCGAAUCAUGGAACGAAAAGUCGGAAAGUAACGCAAAACUUACAGACUUCGAAAGACAUAAGGUGCUCGGCACUGGAGCAUUUGGUAUCGUAUAUCUAGUUAAACACUCUCACACUGGAAAAUAUUAUGCAAUGAAGAUGCUUGAGAAAGAGAAAAUUGUCAAACUAAAGCAAAUCGAGCACAGCUAUUACGAAAAGAAAAUCUUAUGCGGCUUAAACUUUCCGUUUGUUGUGUACAUGAAAUACUAUUUUAAAGAUAACGUCUACCUAUACUAUGUUUUGCCCUUUAUCGCUGGAGGUGAAAUGUUUUCCCAUUUGCGCAAAAUGGGGAAGUUUGAAGAAACUUCUGCAAAAUUUUACGGAGCUCAAGUCGUUUUAGCUUUAGAAUAUCUUCAUGCAUGCGAAUUGGUAUACCGUGAUUUGAAACCAGAGAAUAUAUUAAUAGACAGAACUGGUUACAUAAAGAUAACUGAUUUUGGAUUUUGUAAACUCAUUCGUGGGCGUACUUGGACUCUCUGUGGAACCCCUGAAUAUUUAGCACCAGAGAUUAUUCUAAGCAAGGGUUAUGGAAUGUCAGUUGAUUGGUGGUCACUUGGUAUACUCCUGUUUGAGAUGAGUGCGGGCCAUCCUCCCUUUUUUGCCUCCGAUCCCAUGAGGAUUUACGAGAAAAUAGUUGCCGGGAAGUAUCGGUGUCCAGGUCAUUUUUCAAUUGAAUUAAAAGAUCUAAUCGGGCAUAUACUACAAGUAGAUGUAACUAGACGCUAUGGUAAUCUAAAAGAUGGCGUAUUAGAUUUCAAGAAUCAUAAAUGGUUUAAAGAAAUUGAUUGGGAUAAUCUGCUAAACAGCCGCAUACAUCCACCAUUCAUUCCGAAAGUUCGAUCACCGGGAGAUACGGCGAACUUCGACAUAUUCGACGAAGAAAAAAUUAAAGACAGCCCAGUGUGUUUGUAUGAAGAGGACUUUGCUGAUUUUUAGGCUUGAGUUUCUAUAGUCAAGAUAUUAUGUUAUUACUAGCCUUUCUUUUAUGUGAUACCAAGAAUAAGGAUAGCACUAAGUUUAAGUAUGAACUAUUUAAGUUUAGUAUUUUUGUUCCCUUUUUACGAUUAGGGCGAAUUAGUAAAUUAUUCUUACAUUUUAAGUAUUUUGUAUUCGUUUCAAAUGGCGGGUUUGAAUAAAUAUUAUAAUAUGUUAUA